UUUCCUCUUUCAGUUACUGAUGUGUCUCUUCAGGGUAAAGCUUCAGAUACGUUUUUGGUGCGUUAACCUGCCGAAGAAGACCAACAAUCAAAUCUGGACUUAACAAAGUGAAAAUGAAGGCUGUGCGUUCCUGCCAUUGACUUGUCGUCAGUCUUAAAGACUGACAGUACCAUACUUGUGUUUGGCGGUGGAGCUUGUGCAAGACUGCUUUGAUAUGUCCAUGCAUGUAUGUGCAUUUAUGUGACGGUAUGAUGUGAAUGAGAGAGAAGGAAGUGAAUGAAAUGGUGUGUGUGUAACAACGAUGUACGUUUACGUGCAGUAGCAACACUGUGUUGAGUGUGUGUGAUGUCGGGGGACGACAGCACCCUGUCCUGGAGGAGCAUGUCUCCCACCAUCCAGACAAAUAUCUCAGAUGUGUCUCCCACGACAACUGUCCCCAAGAACAACAUCUCUAGGAAGAUCAUCAAAGUAUGUUACCUUAGCAACAACUCCAACCUGGACAAGAACUUCAAACUGGUCGGCUGUGAAGAAGGAUGGACUGUCAGGUCUGUCCUCAACUUGGUUCUUACUAGCGGCUGUGUGGGUGCGGAUAUAAAACACACCCUCUGUUACGGCCUCCUCCUCAAACACCUCAAGUCUUUAGAGGAACACUGGCUGCACCCAGACCUUCCUGUGUCUGAACUGAGCCAGCGGUAUGAGCAGCACCAUGUUGAGGCUGAGUGGAGAUAUGACCUCAGGAUCAGAUACAUCCCAUCAGAUUUCAUCGAGAAAUUCAAAGACGACAGAACCACUAUGCUCUACUUUUACCAGCAGGUGCGAAGUGACUAUAUGCUUGGGUACGCGACUAGAGUCAGCGAAGGGAUGGCUCUACAGCUCGGCUGUCUGGAAAUUAGGAGAUACUGCAAAGACAUGGAUCCAAAUGGACUGGAGAAAAAGUCCAACUAUGAACAAUUAGAGAGGGAUGUGGGACUGGAUUUGUUCUUUCCCAAAGAGCUGCUCAGCAAAACGAAGGCGAAGCAGUUGCGUCGGUUGAUCCAGCAGACGUUCCACGGCUACUCCACUCUGACACCGGACCAGUGCAUGGCCAGGUUCUUCACCACUCUCUAUCAGUGCGUGAGCUUCACACAGGAGAGCUUCGCCUGUCAGCUAGUGCAAAUUUGGAAUGUAACAAUAGACCUGGUCAUUGGUCCUGAGGGCAUCAGUCAACGAACAGAAAACUUAAAAUCCACAUGUCUGGCCACGUUCUCUGACGUGCGCAGCAUCUCCUACUCUGCAGAGAGUGACGGUCGGGCUCUGCUCACCAUAACCAUGGAGGGAGCUGAACAGCCGUUGUCAGUGAGCACCUCGUCCCUGGCUGAAGCAGAGAACAUGGCUGACCUGAUUGAUGGCUACUGUCGGUUGGAAAGCGGCUCUGAGACCUCCCUCAUUAUCAGUCCCAACAAAGCAAGAGACACAAGAAUGAAACUGCCUGACAUCCCAACACAAUGUGGUGUUUCCAGAGGUCCUUAUAGAGGUGUGAAUUCAGAAAUUUAUGCUGAGAUUCCAGAAACUGCAGCAAACUCUUCCGAUAAGUACAGGGUCUCCAGAACUGAUGUCAAUGUGGGUCACAUCCUGGGUGCAGGAUUCUUCGGAGAGGUUCAUGAUGGAUUUUAUAAAAGCCCAACAGGGAAGAGAAUACGUGUGGCCAUCAAAACAUGCAAAGACUGUACAGCUGAUGUGAAAGAGAAGUUUCUCAGUGAGGCUGGCUUGAUGAAAAAUCUGGAUCAUCCCCACAUUGUGCGUCUUAUCGGAGUCAUCGAGGUUGAUCCUGUCUGCAUCAUCAUGGAGCUCUAUGAACAUGGAGAGUUGGGGGAAUAUCUCAAGAACCAGCAGUACGUCAUCACAAAUGCAACGUUAAUCCUGUACAGUCUACAAAUCUGCAAAGCCUUAGCUUACCUGGAAGGACUCAACAUGGUGCACAGGGAUAUAGCUGUAAGAAAUGUCUUGGUGGCGUCUUCUGAAUGUGUCAAGCUUGGAGACUUUGGUCUGUCUCGCUACGUUGAGGAACAGGAGUAUUACAAAGCCUCACUUUCUCGAUUACCGAUCAAAUGGAUGGCACCAGAAUCCAUCAACUUCAGACGCUUCACCACAGCCAGUGAUGUCUGGAUGUUUGGUGUAUGUGUGUGGGAGAUCUUCUCAAUGGGCCAGCAGCCAUUCUUCUGGAUGGAGAACGGGCAGGUGAUUAAUCACCUCGAGACAGGAGUUAGACUGCCCAAACCACAGAUCUGCCCACCCAACGUUUACUCCCUACUCACCAGCACUUGGGCCUAUGAGCCGCAAGGCCGGCCCAGGUUCAGCGAACUCGUCUGCUCCCUGAGUGACAUCCACAAGAUGGAGCAGGAGGCUGAGACGAUGCAAGGCAAAUCCCGCUCCAUCUCAUCGAUGUUUGACCCCAGCCUCACAGAACCCCCACCAAAGCCAUCCAGGACACAAGGCAACACCCUUCCUCGAGUCUCGAACAAAUCGGCAACAGACAAUGAUACCAGGCCAGCAUGGCAAAAAGAGAUGUCGCGAGUUGAAGACACAUUACAGAGACAAAAAAGAGAGAUGCUGAUGGAUAAACAGUGGCUGGAGCAUGAAGAGAAGCAACUGGAUCCUUCCGUGCGAGUGGAUUUAUACGCUAAGCCUCUUGAAAAAAGCCCAGAUAAAGGUCCUCCAGUGAAGCCUCCAAUGCCUGCUGCAGUCACACAGUCUCGGGCCACAGCUGAGCUGGACCGAUCCGAUGAUAAGGUUUACACUGGCGUCAUGGAAAUAGUGAAACAGGUGGUCAUGCUGAAGAAUGACAUCAACACGCUCCCAUCCUCAGAGUAUCCCACUGCUGUCAAAGCCUUGGGUGUCACUCUUCGUAGCCUGAUGCAAAGUGUUGAUGAGAUCAUGCCUUCUUUGCACAGCUCCGUCACAACAGAGAUCGAGGGCACUAAGAAACUGCUGAACAAGGAUUUAGGGGAGCUAAUCAGUAAGAUGCGACUGGCCCAGCAGAACGACGUCACCACGCUGAAGGAGGAGUGCCAGCGGCAGAUGUUGGCAGCCGCUCACACCCUGGCACUGGACUCCAAAAAUCUGCUGGAUGCAGUGGAUCAGGCUCGAGUCAGAGCCAACCUGGCUAAGCCAAAACCUGACUCUGAAGAUGCAGAAAAAUCAUAGGAGUGAGGAGCAAACGGACAUGGAAUUGAGUGGGAAUAGUAGGAUGCAUCUAUUUUUAUUCAAACUAUGUAGAUGUUCUGGUUUGAACAGCAGUGAUGAUCAAAGAUAACAUAAUAUAUUCAUAUUUUCUCCAAAAAAGUGAACUAUGGUAAAGCUGCAUUCAGACCAAAAGCGUCUGACGCGAAUUGAGCAGCAAGUCCACAUAGAAAAUGAAUGUAAAUGGCGCGAUCACACGCGAUUUUAUAUCAGGCGGCGCGAAUGAAGCGUCUAAAACGAAUGAAUGAAUGAAUGAAUGAAGCAUCUGAAGCGGCGCGAUGCCGCCUGAAAAGUUCAAAUUUUCCAACUUUAUUCGCGCCGCUUCAGAUGCUUCAUUCAUUCAUUCAUUCAUUCAUUCAUUCGCUUCAGACGACAUCCAAUCAGCGGCGAGUUUCUCCCGACGUCACAAGCGCGAAUGAAGCGAUGAUCCAAAAAUGUAUAUUUAUGAUCAAGCGGCGCGAUAGAAGCGAUUCAAGCGAUUUUUUCGCGUCAGACGCUUUUGGUCUGAACGCAGCUUAAGUCACACUGAGCAUUUCUUGAAGCUGAAGAAAUCAAUAUGUAAGCACAAUAAAGUUUUCAUAGUUUAUUUUUUAUUUUAAUUGUUUUUAUCAUUAAAGACUACAACACCUGCAGUGUUUUUUCUGCAACAGCUUGUCAACAUUUAUGCAACCACUGACUACAGUUCAUUUCACUGUGAGUGUCUUAUACCUAUUUAAAGAUGGACUAACUCAAACAUUUUAAUCUGAGCUUGUGAGAACAAAGUUCUAAAUUUGUGACACCUUUUGAACAGAUUAUAACAUCUCUUUUUUAUGCAGACUAGAAGACGCAAUGUCAGGAAGGAGAAAAAUAAAGAUCUAUAACUGGCCUCUUAAAAAUAAUAAUCCAUCCCAUAAAUAAAUACCUCUGUAAUUAAGGAGAAGCAGGUAUGAACAUGGACUCUGCAGUAAGAAACAGCCAAAGUGUGACUGCUUAAAGCCACUGCAGAGUUUACAGUUGAUAAAUUAAUGCCAAGUGAACUUACCUUUACCACUGGCAGGCUUUUUGAACACAAGCAAUUAAGGAAAUGAACACAAAAUGUCAUGACCUGCAUCUCUGCUUUCUUCCACUGCCAAAGAAACCAUGCCCACAGACUUUCUGAGUUAAUUAAAAACUUUAUUAUAUUACUCUAUUGUAAUUAUUGCCUCAAUGUUGCCAGACAAUUAACACUUUCCUGUUGAUUAUUGUUGCAGCAUAUUGUAACUUUUCUUUUUGACUUAUUUCUUCUGCAAUCCCACUUGACUUCCUUAUGUGUCGCUGCAAGACUGAUUUA